GCUGAAAUGCCCAGUACUUUCAAAUAGACGUUGCGUCUUUUUCAUGGGAACGUGAGCAUAGUUACAUACAAGUUCCACGGCUGAACACAUAUUUUUAAUAAAUAUUGUUGUUAAAUUUUUAUACGUCAUAACCAGGCAGAAUUGGCAAUUUUUGAUUAGGUUUACAAGUUUUAUUUGCGCUUAAUUACAUUUUGACGCAAUUGCAAAGUUACAAGGCUUAUUAAGACGAUAUUACUAAGCCGUUUUACUCUUUACACUUUUUCCUGUAAGUAAUUCCCACGACAAGAAAAGGCGGGACCGUCCGCAGACUCUCGCAGUUCCAGUCUUGCAUAAAGUCGGUGCAGAAGCCUCCUGCGCCACUGUCAGGGCUCCUUCCGUUCAAAAUGGAUGUUGGAAACCUCAGAAUUCAUUUCGCAAUUUUCCUCUCAGUUCUAGAAUGCUGUGUUGGACAGCAGGCCUUGCCGCCAGGCCCUGUCAGUGGCAUGCUAGCCGGAAAUGUGACGUUCCCCACCAACUCCCCGCAGUCUCCUGCACAACAGUUCCUCACCAUAACCUGGACCUUUAAGAGUAGCAUAGGGCCUGUGCCUGUGGUUUCCUCCUUGCCUACCCUUAACAACAUUCCGGCUGCAUAUGAGGGCCGGGUGACUGUGAACCGCACCACAGGCUCACUUGAACUCCGCCAGCUCACUCUCAGUGACUCUGGAGUUUAUGCUGUAAAUAUGGUCACUGAAAAGGGUGUUACCUUGACAGGAGAGACCAAUCUUGAUGUGUAUGCGCCUGUUUCUGAGGUGACAGCGACGGCCAACACAACCAGCCCUGUGGAGUUCAAUGACACUGUCAGUGUGACAUGUUCUGCCAGAGGCUCAAAACUUUUUUUCAAGUGGCUGAAUGGCACUUCUGAGAUUGUCAGUGGUGGGCGUGUGAGUCUGAGUAAUGGCAAUCGCACACUCACCAUAUCCAGCAUACUGAGAUACGACUCUGGGCCUCUGUACUGCAACGCGUCUAAUGUCUUCAUGACCCGCCGUAGCGUAAACGUCACCUUUGACGUGUACUUUGGACCUGAUAACGCUGUGAUGACCACAGUUCCCCAAAACAAUCUGUACACCACUGGAUCCAACCUGACACUGUCCUGCUCAGCUCUCUCCAAUCCACCAGCAGAGCUUCAUUGGGCUUUCAAUGGCAAUUUGCUUGUUCAAGUGGGUUCACAACUCAAACUUGAUAGCACUUUGGAGAGUCAAAGUGGCAACUACAGCUGCUGGGCCUACAACAGUAAAACCCAGCGGUAUAAGCCUUCUGGAUCUUCUCAAAUUACUAUACUACAAAAAAUAUCUGGGGCUAAUCUCACUGGACCUUCAGGACCCAUGAUUGCUGGUAACAGCUCAGCUAACUUGACUUGCCAAGCUAAGGCAGGUCACAUUGACUCCAGAGAGUGGCUGAAAAAUGGAAAAACACUGUCUCCAAGCGACACAGUCACCAUCUCUGCAGAUAAGAGUUCCGUGUCCAUCAAGCCAGUGCAGGUUUCUGAUAGUGGGGAGUACCUGUGCAAACUCACUAACCGCGUCAGCAAUGACAAUGCCGUCUACAAAUUGAUUGUCAGCUACGGCCCAGGGAACGUCAAAGUGGAUGGUAAGCGUGCAGUGGAGGUGGGCACACGAGUCGAGCUCAAAUGCUCUGCAGAGUCAGUGCCCAGCGCCACGUUCAGCUGGGCGUUCAACGACACCGCACGCAACGUCAUAACACCAGAGUACAUUAUAGAUCACGCUACCUACAAAGACACUGGAAGGUACACCUGUGUGGCCAGUAACCAUGUGACUGGCCUAAAUGCCUCGUUUGUUCAUACGCUAUCUGUAAAAGAGGAAGGAUCAUUGCCUGGAGAGUUGUCUUCAGGAGCGAUUGCUGGCAUUGUUAUUGGUGUUCUCGUGGCAAUCGUGAUCAUCGCUGUGGUAGUGAAAAAGGUCAUGAAGAAGAGGAACUUCCACCAAUUGGAAAUGUGUGCUGGACCACGUAAGACAAAUGAAAGGAUUGAAUCACCAUAUUAGUAGAAGACAAAGGGGUUUGAACAAUGCAAUCAUGGACCAUUUUUCAAAUAUCAAACCACAUAUCUGGUCAGGCUAGACCUCCUACUGGCAGGACCCAGGGGUCUCUGCUACACCUGUUUGUCUGCACAGAUUAAAAGAACCAAACCUGAAUUUUCAUCUGUGCACUGUCCUGCCCAGUCCCUUCUCAGGUCUGUCCUCUGCAAAACUCUGGAAUGUCAUUACUUUUUCGUUUACUGCUGUUCUGUGUGGAUCAGGAAAGGUAGGACUGUGCCUGUGACUUGUUCUGAAGUAGUAGUGGGUAGUGUUUCUAGAUGGCUGGACCAUGGAUCGAAGCUGUUGUCAGUGCUGAGUGCUGGAAGAUCUGGUUUCUAUGCAUGCUAAGCUUCUGGCAAAUCUACAGGACCACCAUAACCAGUCUGAUCCCUGGCUGCCCACUUUUACAGCAAGAAAUGUGAUACUACUAGUCAGCUUCCUGAGCUCGUUCACACGCCCUGUGACUUCUCUGUUUUAUCAAGUUGAACUGAUAGUCUUCAUUACUGUUCCAUUACAAAUGAGAAUGAGUUAAAACAAGGGCAGCGGGUUUCAGCAUGUUACUUUUGUCUGAUUAAGUCAGAACUUUUACAUAGGCAAUGACAUUUAUUUGUUUUGGAGAGGAAAAUUUGGGUGUUAUCUUUCCUGUAAUUAUUAAAAAAAAAAAUCACAAUACGAACGGCAAAUUGUGCAUGUUAAAAUUGAACUUGGAUCAUUUCUGGUUAAUAUUUAAAAGGUGACAGGUAUGUGCAUUGUGCUUUAGGGCCUCUUGUUAAUUUCAUUGUUUGUAUUUGAGUACUGUAUGUUUAAUUCUCUGAAAAAUUAUUUUAUUUUUUAUUUUUUUGCUGUAACACACCCCACCACCUGAUGUUCAGCCCACAGCUUCUGUUACUCAGCCCAAUAUAUUAAUAAACCCAAGCACAAAUGUUAUUUAGUUUGGGGGGGCAGGACCAGAAUUAUGUUACUGCAUGAGCAGUCACCUGGUGCUGCAUAUAGCUGUGCCUUACCUCGUUCUGUAGUACAGCAGGAGUAAUACUAUCCAUGCACUGGGAAAACUGAGGAGAACCAGUAAAAAAAACACAUGACAUUGCAAUUAAUAUUGGCUUGAAGUGUUUAAAAACUUAUUGAAAUAUAUUCAAAUCGGAAGGGCAUAUGUCUUGCAAAGACAGUAGUAAAAGUUCAUUUCUGAAUAUUAACCUCUAUUUUUAAAUUAAAUGAAUAUAUAAAGAAUAAUUUUCCAAAGGAUAUUGAAACAGGGUUAUUAUCCCUAUCAGUCUUAUCAGAAAAUAGAUGUAAGUUCAAUGUUUUAAUCCUAUACGUGGAUAGCAACACUAAAGAAAGAAAACAUUUGCUUCUAAUUACAAACUGAGCUUAAGAGUUUGUUUUGUGUUUUUGUUUACAUUUGCAUAGCUAUGUCACAUAUAGUUUUAAAAGUUUCAUAUGAUUUUGGACAGGUAUAAGCACAGUGAAACCCUGCAAUAAUGGGAAUUUGAAUAUAAAGCAGAGGGUGAUUGGCUCCUGUCCUCUACCUACCCCCAUUCAGCAAACUCAACUCAUCAGAGAUCUCAGUGUUAAGUGAGUGUACUGUAAGCGGGUGGGAAAAAAAAAAAAA